UGUCAGAAGACCAUAAUGAACUUAAAACGUCUGUGGUCUAUUACAAAAUACGUUUUUUUCAUAAUUAAUUAUUAAGAAAUAGUAAAUCAAUUAAAAUAAGUUUAUAAGAAAGUGUCGGAGAAAACCGACAUUAGUUUAUUGUAAAAGUAAGGAUGUUUGCAGCAGAUCAUGGAUCUCGAGUACGUCGCCUGUAUAAGCUGAUAUUUAGAGUACAUCGAGCUCUCCCGCCAGAGCUUCGUAUAAUGGGCGACAACUAUGCGCGGGAUGAAUUCAAACGACACAAGAAAUGCAACCCUCCGGAGGCUAAAAUAUUCCUGACAGAAUGGACUGACUAUGCGAUAACACUGGCAAAGCAGACAAAACCUUUACAACAGGUUAAAAAGAAGAAAGUUGGUGAAUACUUGGAUCCUCAGCUACUAGACCACAUGUCAGAUGAGCAGCUAGCACAAUUGUAUGAACUACACAAAGCGGCAACGGAACCCAGUGAUGAAACAGAUGUUAAACCAACAGAAAGUAAAUGAUUGUAGUGGUUUCUUGUAGGUAAAAAAGUAAUUCUGAAUAAGUGCAAAGGAUUGAACUUUUUUGUUACAAUCAUGUCUUUAUUUAUAGAGGGAUAUAUUAUUAAUCAUGUUAAUAGUGUCAUCAAAGAUCUAAAUUAGAUUUCUUUACACUGUUUUAUGGCAAUCAUAGAUGAAUUGUAUUCUAUAAGUGUAUUUUUUGCAGGCAAAUUAUGUUAGUGAUUUGAUAUUAUUUGAAGAUUUUAUUCUUUUUAGAUUUUUAUUUACCAUUAAAAUCAUUUUGUAAACUAUGAUUUGCAUAGUAGACCAGACAAGAACGAAAAAUAAAAUUAUAUUCCUUAAUACCAGAGAAAUUUAAAAGUAAUAUAAAUUAAAUUUGAUUCUAAUGAUUGUUCAUGUCAAAUCUUUUUGCACUUAUUUGGUCAUAGCUUAAUAUAAUAACAUGUAUUAAUUUAUUUCUAUUAAUUCAUCACAAUUUGCAAUAGCUGUAUUUCUGUGAUUUGCUAAAUAGUAUAUUUUGUUGUAAAUAGUAUUAUGUAGUUUAGAGAUUAUUUAGAGUAUGCCUUAUUUAUAAUAGAUUUUUAAAUAAAUUUCAGAUAUUUUAAAGAGA